AUGAAAGAAACAUUUUCAAGUUUUAACGUUGAUGUAUUAGAAAGUGUUAAAGAUCAUGGAAUAAAAGUUAUACAAACAACUGCAGAUAUUAUUCAAAAUUUAAUUCCACAUUUUGAUAUAGCAAUUAAUAUAGCAUCAUGUAUAUUAGAGAUUUAUGAAAAAGCGAAAACGAAUAAAAAAAUUUGUAGAGUAUUCGCUGAUAGAGUGGAAUUAGCUUUAACAUCAAUAAAUUAUUUAAAAAGGCAUAUGGAUAAAAAUGUUGAAAAAUUUCGAGAAAAAAGUUAUUUUAAAAAUUUUAUGCAUUUUAUUGAAGUAUUAGACAAGAUUAAAAAUUUUGUUGAAGAAAUUUCUGAAAUUAAAGGUUUUAAAAAAUAUCUCGUCGCUAAUGUAAUUAAUCAACAACUUAAUGAAAUUAGGGAUGAUUUUGAUCAUUGGUAUAAAUCAUUACAACUUGUUAUUACUAUUGGUGAUGUCAUCAGUCGUGAAAUUGAAAAUGAAGAGAUAAAAAGUGAUUUAAGUCAAUUAAAAGGUCUUUAUGAAGAUAUUAAACAAAAUUUUAAUAUAACUGAUCAAAAAUUAUCUAUUAUUACUGCAAAAAUUGAAAUGUUAGAGAAAAAUUCUUCAAUUUUGGAUAAAUCCAAACCACCUGAAAUUGGUCCGGAACAUCUUACUGUACCAGAAGAACCCAUCAUAGAACGUAAUAGUGUUAUAUUAAGAAAAUAUAAAAAUUUUGAUGUCGCUUGUAAGCCAACUAAAUAUUCACUUAACGAUACUAGUCCGGAUUCAAAAAAAGCUGGUGCAACUCUAACAAUUUGGAAUGAAUUAAAUGAAUGUCCUUAUAUAAUUAAAUUUUUUGGAAUUUCAAAUUUGGAUAUAUACACUGAAAAUGUUAUGGUUUUAGAAUGGGCUGAAUUUGGUGAUUUAAAAAGUCUUUAUGAGAGUAAGAAUCUUAAUUGGAAACUUAAAUUAAGUAUGGCGAGAGAUAUUUUUCGUGGUCUUUGUUUCUUGAAUUAUAUUCGUGUUUUACAUCAUGAUGUUAGAUGUGAAAAUAUUUUGGUAGCUGAAGGAUUUAAAUGUAAAAUAACCAAUUUUACUUUAAGCCGUAAAACAAAAUAUGUAACUACCAAAGUACAUGAUGAUGAGAGUUCGAAACAAAUGAUGCGUUGGAUGGCUCCUGAGAAACUUAAAUCUUAUCAAAAAUCAAAUCAAAAUACGAAAAUAGAACCAUAUACUUAUGCGUGUGAAAUGUUUAGUUUUGGAAUGCUUCUUUGGGAGCUUUCUUUUAAUAGAGUACCAUAUAAAGACAUGGAAUAUGAUGAAAUAAUUGAACAUGUUAUGAGUGGAAAACGAGAAACAUUAGACUUUGUAAAUUGUCCACGUGAUAUAAUUGAUGGUUUCACCGAAAUUAUUACAUUGGCAUGGCAACAUGAAAAUCGCAAGCGUCCGUCAACCCAAAAGGUCUCAAAAAUUCUUGAAUCAUUAUAUAAAUCUUACGAAAAUAAUUUAUUAAAUUUAAAUGAAGAAACAAAUUAUGAAUCUCAAAAAUGUUCUUCUACUAUCUCUACCACUACCAGUAAUAAUACUAUUGAAUUUGUUAAUGAGUAUGUCCUUGAUCUUUUACCAUUAUCAAAAGGUAUUGAACAUCAUAAUUUAAAAGCUAAGAAAACGAAAUCAGAACAAGAUUACAAAAUUUGUUGGGAAUGUUUCAAUGCACACGCAAAUCUUGGUAAUAAAACGGCCAUGUAUUGGAAAGGACUUUAUUUAUGGAAGGGUUUUGUUGAAGAGAAUCAAAUUGAAGCAAAAAGAUUAUUUAAAAUUGCAGCUGACUCUGGAAUAGCUGAAGCUCAAUUAGAAUAUGCUUUUGCUUAUGAUAGUGAGAAUCUUGAAAAUCCUGAUUUACCUUUUAAUGAAAAAGAAUGUUGGAAAUAUUUAAAAAUGGCCGCUGAAAAUAGUAAUCCUACAGCAUUAUACCACGUAGGUAUUACUUAUUAUAAUGGAAAUGUGGGAGUGCAACAAGAUAAAGAAAGAGGUAUUGAAUAUCUUAAACUUUCCGCUUUACAAGUUAAUCCUAAAGCAAUUGAAACAUUAAAUAAAUACGGAGUUAAUCUUUAA